CUCCCCUCCAGGCGCGCGUGCGCAGUGGGGCCCGGCCUUUCCCUCCACGCCAGGCGCCGAGCAAGAUGGGGCACCAGCAGCUCUACUGGAGCCACCCGAGGAAGUUCGGCCAGGGAUCCCGAUCCUGCCGCGUCUGCUCCAACCGCCACGGCCUGAUCCGCAAGUACGGGCUCAACAUGUGCCGCCAGUGCUUCCGCCAGUACGCCAAGGACAUCGGCUUCAUCAAGCUGGAUUAAACAUCUGUCCACCCGCAGAGAUGGCCUCAAGAGGACGGCAAACAUGGAAGCUGCUUCAGCCGGAUGAGACCCUCUUGCCGCACAUAAGAUGCUUUUGUGUACAGAAAAAUAAAAAAUAGGGACUUGUUUGCCCAGAUUCUCAAA